AUGUGCCCCAUGCUGCCCUCCCCACCUCUCUCCACAGUGAUCAGCUGUGCUUCUCUGCCUGUGGUUGUGAUCUGUGGGCACCAGCGCAUUCGUGGCACCCGUCUCCUGCCUAGCUCUGCCCCCCAGUGCCCACUCCUCACCACACUGGCCCCAGGUCUCAGGAGGGGUGUCCUGGGCCGGGAAGCGUUGCUGCUUUUCCUUGUGUCAAAGGCCACAGCUGCAGUAGGCCUGGCUGGGCAGUUGGUUUGGGAAAUUCUCACCUUGUUCCAAGUUUCCCAGGCACCUUCCCACUCACAGGAUCCAAGUCAGCUCUGCAGAUACUACCUAUGGGAGGAGGGGACUGGGCGGCCCAUCUUCAUCUCCCCUUCACUCAUUGCACAUCCAGACAGCAUGGGGGCAGAGGGGCACUGGGUCACCCCCCUGACACGGACGGUAGGGACCGUCUUCUCGUUCAUCAGUAGGGCAGUAGCUAUGGCAGUGCCUGAUACAGUGCUCUGUGAGGGCCAGCGGGUCCCCUUCGGCCCUGGAGCCAGGGUCACGCGCUCCCCACCGCAUGCGGGAUUCCCCGUUCCAGGAAAACACCGUGCAGAGGAGGGGCUCUGGCAGGGUGGCAUGAAAGUGGAAUAUGCCACCCAAAUACCCGCCAGGCUAGAGGGCCCUGGGGGAGUACAGGGGGCGAGUCCCUCAGAAGCCCAGCCCAGGUGGGGGUUGGGGGAUUUGUUCCAGGGCUGUGGACCCUGCAGGGUGGGAUGCACCCCCGCUCAUGACACUGCCCGCAGGUACCGCUAUUACCAGAAUGUGUGCACGCAAAGCUACUCCUUCGUGUGGUGGGACUGGGCCCGCUGGGAGCGAGAGAUAGACUGGAUGGCGCUGAAUGGCAUCAACCUGGCACUGGCCUGGAGCGGCCAGGAGGCCAUCUGGCAGAGGGUGUACCUGGCCUUGGGCCUGACCCAGACAGAGAUCAAUGAGUUCUUUACUGGUCCUGCCUUCCUGGCCUGGGGGCGAAUGGGCAACCUGCACACCUGGGAUGGCCCCCUGCCCCCCUCCUGGCACAUCAAGCAGCUUUACCUGCAGCACCGGGUCCUGGACCGGAUGCGCUCCUUUGGCAUGACCCCAGUGCUACCUGCAUUCGCAGGGCAUGUUCCCGAGGCUGUCACCAGGGUGUUCCCUCAGGUCAAUGUCACGAAGAUGGGCAGUUGGGGACACUUCAACUGUUCCUACUCCUGCUCCUUCCUUCUGGCUCCGGAAGACCCCAUGUUCCCCGUCAUCGGGAGCCUCUUCCUGCGAGAGCUGGUCAAAGAGUUUGGCACAGACCACAUCUAUGGGGCCGACACUUUCAACGAGAUGCAGCCACCCUCCUCAGCACCCUCCUACCUUGCCGCAGCCACCACGGCCGUCUAUGAGGCCAUGAUUGCAGUGGAUACUGAGGCUGUGUGGCUGCUUCAAGGCUGGCUCUUCCAGCACCAGCCCCAGUUCUGGGGGCCCGCCCAGAUUGGGGCUGUGCUGGGGGCUGUGCCUCGUGGCCGCCUCCUGGUUCUGGACCUGUUUGCUGAGAGCCAGCCUGUGUACACCCGCACCGCCUCCUUCCAGGGCCAGCCCUUCAUCUGGUGCAUGCUGCACAACUUUGGGGGAAACCAUGGUCUGUUUGGAGCCCUGGAGGCCGUGAACGGAGGUCCAGAAGCUGCCCGCCUCUUCCCCAACUCCACCAUGGUAGGCACGGGCAUGGCCCCCGAGGGCAUCAGCCAGAACGAAGUGGUCUAUUCCCUCAUGGCUGAGCUGGGCUGGCGAAAGGACCCAGUGCCAGAUUUGGCGGCCUGGGUGACCAACUUUGCUGCCCAGCGGUAUGGGGUCUCCCAUCCAGACGCAGGGGCAGCGUGGAGACUACUGCUCCGGAGUGUGUACAACUGCUCCGGGGAGGUCUGCAGGGGCCACAAUCGCAGCCCGCUGGUCAGGCGGCCGUCCCUACAGAUGAAUACCAGUGUCUGGUACAACCGAUCCAGUGUGUUUGAGGCCUGGCGGCUGCUGCUCACAUCUGCUCCCUCCCUGGCCGCCAGCCCUGCCUUCCGCUAUGACCUGCUGGACCUCACUCGGCAGGCGGUGCAGGAGCUGGUCAGCUUGUACUAUGAGGAGGCAAGGAGUGCCUACCUGAGCAAGGAGCUAACUUCCCUGUUGAGGGCUGGAGGCGUCCUGGCCUAUGAGCUGCUGCCGGCGCUGGACGAGCUGCUGGGAAGUGAUAGCCGCUUCUUGCUGGGCAGCUGGCUGGAGCAGGCCCGAGCAGCGGCCGUCAGUGAGGCCGAGGCCGAUUUCUAUGAGCAGAACAGCCGCUACCAGCUGACCCUGUGGGGGCCAGAAGGCAACAUCCUGGACUACGCCAACAAGCAGCUGGCGGGGCUGGUGGCCAACUACUACACCCCUCGCUGGCGGCUCUUCCUGGAGGCGCUGGCUGACAGUGUGGCCCAGGGCAUCCCUUUCCAACAGCACCAGUUUGACAAAAAUGCCUUCCAACUGGAGCAGGCCUUCGUCCUCAGCAAGCCGAGGUACCCCAGCCAGCCACGAGGAGACACUGUGGACCUGGCCAAGAAGAUCUUCCUCAAAUAUUACCCCCGCUGGGUGGCUGGCUCUUGGUGAUAGAUUCGCCACCCUGGGCCUUGUUUUCCACUAACUCCAAGCCGGGGCAGGUUCCAGGGCCUGGAGCUGGACAAGCAUCACAGGAUAACCCAGGCCUGGGAGGAGGCCCCAUGGCCUGCUGGUGGGGUGUGGCCUGGGGCAACUGGAGGGAAAUGAACUGCCCUCCACCACCACCCAAAGUGUGGGAUUAAAGUACUGUUUUCUUUCCACUUAAA